AUGCAAACUUAUGAAGAACAAAUAAAAUAUAAUGAUGAUGGUUCUGUAAAUGUGCCAUUUGGUCGAGCUGCUGAAUGGUAUUUAGAAAAUGUACCUAUUUUAAAAAUUUGCCGGUUAAAGAAGCAAAGCAGACAAGUUACACCUACAUUAGUUAAGGCUGAAAUUUUAACUGUUGAGCGUGUUCAAGGUGCUGCUGAUUAUUUAGAAUGGACAACUACAUCAGAAACAAAGAAAUCUACAAACUGCAUUGAUGAUGUUCUAGUUCUAACUUCAAAAGGAAAUGAGUUACUCACCAAUAUUAACUUAAGAAUUGAUAAAGAUCGGCAAUGUUGCAUUCAAGGAAAUCAUAAUCCAGCACAAUAUAUAACUACUAAUAUACCAAAAAUUUUUCGCAUUAAUCUAACCUAUGUUGUUAGAGAUUCAAUAGUAAUUAGCAGAAGGGCAGACCAUAGAAAUGCAAAAGGAAUUAAAGCUAAAAUAUUAGCUUUACUUAAUGGUGCUUCAGAAGAUACAAUUUCUAAAUCUUUAACAAAUUAA